CGGGAAUUUACUGUAUGACCUUCAAUGAUUAAAUCACUCAGAACGUGUAAAGAUGGAAACGCAGUGUUGUGGAUAUAAUCCUGAGUUUAUGAGGAUUACAGUUAAAGCAGACUGAAGUGUUUGGAUGUGCAGUGUGAUGUCGGUGAACACAUCUCACGUGCCUCCGCUGGUCGAAUGGACCACGCCCACCUUCACACCUGCAGCACAGGCUCGUGUGGCGGCCACCACGCUCCUCUUCCUCUUCGCUGCUGUUAGUAACCUGGCACUGCUGGUCAGCGUGUCAUGUGGCCGGCGGGUGGCAUCUCACCUGCGUCCCCUCAUCAUGAGUCUGGCAUCGGCGGACCUGAUGAUGACGUUUAUCGUGAUGCCGCUGGACGUGGCGUGGAACAUUACGGUCCAGUGGUACGGCGGUGACGGACUCUGUAAGCUGCUGUGCUUUCUCAAACUGUUCGCCAUGCAAACCUCUGCCUUCAUACUGGUGGUCAUCAGUCUUGACCGCCAUCAUGCCAUCCUACGGCCCCUGGACUCACUUAAUGCCCAACACAGGAACCGAAAGAUGUUAUUACUCGCUUGGAUCCUCAGUGCGCUCAUCGCAUCACCACAGGUCACACACACAGACACAGAGAGAGAUAAAUACAGACAUUAUCAGCUGUUCAUCUUCAGAACUGUGAAAGCAGAGCAUGUGGACUUCACUCAGUGCGUCACACACGGCAGUUUCCACGAGCGUUGGCACGAGACAGCCUACAACAUGUUUCAUUUCGUGACGCUUUACGUGAUUCCGCUGCUGGUCAUGAGCUGCUGCUACACCUGCAUCCUCAUUGAGAUCAACAGACAGCUGCACAAUAGCAAAGUGGGAGAAUUCUCUCUCAGACGCAGCAGAACCGAUAUGAUCCCAAAGGCCAGGAUGAAGACACUGAAGAUGACCAUCAUCAUCGUCCUGUCAUUUGUGGUGUGCUGGACGCCGUACUAUCUGCUAGGCAUCUGGUACUGGUUCCAGCCAGAGAUGUUGAAGGUCACGCCCGAGUACGUCCAUCACCUGCUCUUCAUCUUUGGUAACCUGAACACCUGCUGUGAUCCAAUCAUCUACGGUCUUUACACUCCUUCCUUCCGCGCUGACCUGGCCCGCUGCUGGCGCUGUCGCACGCCCCCCGAAUGCCCUCGGUCUCUGGAUCGGCUCUCGGCCCAGCAUGAAGAGCGCAGGUCUGACCCACCGGCGUGAACGGCACCUAAGGUUUGAGUUGUGGAGAAUAAAAUGAAGCUACCUGAUGGCCAGUAAAUGAUGUUUACAAGCCAGUGUGAAAAUAUGGUGUUAAAUAGAAGAGUCUGUGAUGAACCUGUGAUCAGUCUGGGUGAGGACACCUGUAAAGCAGUCAAGUAUUAUAAAGAUGUAAUUGUUUUAAAAGCUUCUAGUAAGUGAAUGAUACAAAACCUCAUGAGCAGCAGAAGCCACUUUAACCUACAGGCCGGCUCUCAGAGUCCAACAGCGCUGCAGGUUUACAUGCAUUCAGUUCUUCUGAAAGAAUUCAGUUUAUAAAAGAGCUCAGAGCAGAUUUAGAAAAGCUCUGCAGAUUUCACAGCGGGUUUCUCUUAUUAAAACAGCCCGGUGUGUGUGCUCAUAAAAACUCAUUUGUUUUCUGUUCAUCACAUUGUAUUUGUUUUGUUUGUUGAUCUGCGUGCAUCAGUUAUUAUAUUCUACAGUAAGCACAAUACAUCAUCAGUGUUUAUCUUCCUUUCAAAUUAAACUGAAUCUAUGGUAUAGACAUAUAACUGAAUCUAUUAUUAAUAUUUGAUGCAAAUUACUGCAGUUUCCAGAUGAGAUGUUCACUGACGCAUGUGAGUCUUCUAAAUGAAAAGUUAUAUUGA